CCUCAACUGCUGAAACUUUUUUUCUCCUCCCCCUCCACACCAACCCCGCCCCACAUCCAGAGCUAUAUCAGCAGCCGUCCUCCCUCUAUCAAACUCCACAGUCCUGCCACAGUCAACAGCUGUGAAACUUUCCUCGUCUUCUCCUCUGACCAGCACAAAGUCAGCCACCAUGUACCCCAGGAGCAUCGCCAGCGGUCCCGGCCUCACCAUCACCAGGCAGAGCCGCAGCUACACUUCCAGCGCUGCUCCCCACAAAGCGCACAGCGUGUCUGGUCUCAGCUUCAUGGGAGGCCCCCGCAUCUCGUCCUCAUCGGCUCGCGUCCUCUCCUCGUCCUACGGAAUGGGUGGAGGGUUCGACCUGUCCAGCGCCAUGGACCAGAGCAGCGUGCACCUGAACGAGAAGGCCACCAUGCAGAACCUGAACGACCGUCUGGCUACAUACCUGGAGAAGGUUCGCAGUCUGGAGGCGGCCAAUGCCAAGCUGGAGAAGCAGAUCAGGGAGUACUAUGAGCAGAAGGGCCCGGCAGCACAGAGGGACUACAGCAACUACUGGGCCAUCAUCAACGACCUGAAAGACAAGAUCAAUGCUGCCACUGUCCAGAAUGCCAACAUCCUGCUGCAGAUCGACAACUCCAAACUGGCUGCUGAUGACUUCAAAACCAAGUUCGAGCACGAGCUCAUGAUGCGCCAGUCCGUUGAGGCCGACAUCGCCAACCUCCGCCGCCUGCUGGACCAGACCACCCUGACAAAGGCGGACCUGGAAAUGCAGAUCGAAGGGUUGCAGGAUGAGCUGGCCUACCUGAAGAAGAACCAUGAGGAGGAACUGGCAGCCAUGCGCUCUCAGCUCACGGGCACAGUCAACGUGGAGGUGGACGCCGCACCUCAGCAGGACCUGAACAAAGUCUUGGACGAGAUCCGUGCGCAGUACGAGGCCAUCGCAGACAAACACCGCCGUGAACAGGAAGCCUGGUUCAACGAGAAGUCAGCAGCUCUCAGCAAAGAAGUGGCCGUUAGCACAGAAACCAUUCAGACUUCCAAGACAGAGAUCAGUGACCUGAGGCGCACACUCCAAGGCCUGGAGAUCGAGCUGCAGUCCCAGCUCAGCAUGAAAAAUGCUCUUGAAAACACGUUGUCAGAGACAGAGAACAGGUACAGCGCCAUGCUCGGCGGCUUCCAGACCACAAUCAACAUGCUGGAAUCAGAACUGUCCAACGUGCGCGCCAGCAUCGAGCAGCAGGGCCAGGACUACAGGAUGCUGCUCGACAUCAAGACCCGGCUGGAGCAGGAGAUCGCGACCUACAGAAGCCUGCUGGAGUCUGAAGAGGCCCGGUAGACAAAGAUAAGUCACUGCAGGAGGCUUCAAUGACACAAUCACAACCACCACUGUGCUCACGUCCAGCCUGAAACCCGAGGAGAGCAAGAGCCACGCUUAAGCAACAUCUGCAGUCAUGAGAAGACGAGCUGAUGUGCGGCACUGUGUGUGUGUUCAUGUGUGUGUGAUCUGCCAAAGAAAAUAAACCUGUCAGAGAAGAUAA